AUGAGUAAUACCGAUAUAAAUCAGUUGGAUAACGUAACUGCCAAACAAACAUUGGAUAAAAAACAAAUUGAGGCAGAAGAAAAGGAAAUGAUGCUUAAAGCCGGCGAUUCUGAAGAUAAGAAUGAAAGCGAAGGACCGGUUAAAUCAGCUUUAGCUGGAGAAGUAACUGAACAAGGCAGGGAGGUCAAGCCAAAAUUUAUUCCCAUAGGAGCGAUAAAAAUGCCAGGAUUUUUUACACGGAACUCUGAUAAGGACAAACGGGAGGAUGAGGGUGGCAUAGAAAAGGACAUAGAGCAUGAGAAGACUUUGGAAAAGACAGAUGAAGAUAUAAACCCUAAACAACAUCUAGGGUUCUUGCAGGCAUUUACGAAGUUCUUGCAACCCAAAGAAAAUGAUAAAGAAAACGACCAGAAAAAACAUUUUGGAAUUUUUAAUGUCAAAUAUCCAAAAAUGUUUCAAAAGCAUAACAUGAAUCAGGAAGCUACAUUAGCUUCUAUGGAAACAUUGGAAGAUAAAUUGGAUACUCCUAAUGAUGGAAUGGAAAAUGUUAAAUUGGAUCUUGCUGAUCAAGAAGAAGGUAAAGUCGCAACAAGACUCCCACUCAAAGAAAGGAUUAGGCAAAAGAAAUUUAUUAUUGAUGAUAUCAUGGUGUUUGCUGUUGUGAUACUGGUAAUACUAGCAGUGAUUGUGGGAGUUGUUGUGGGAUCUUGGGCAGGACCACCUAAUGUGCGCCCACUACGCCUUGGUCGCUAUAUAACAACAGUAACCACUUGUGGGCCAAUAGAAGGCAUUUACGACGAAGGUGUCUACAAAUUCCACGGCAUUCCAUACGCAGUUCCACCAGUUGGAAAAAAAAGAUUUACAUAUGCUCAGCCACUGAAUAACUUGUCUCUGUGUUGGAAUGGCACUCUCGAAGCUCACGAGCCCGCACCCUUAUGUCUACAGUUUUUAGAAAACGGCACGAUCAUUGGCGAAGAAGAUUGCUUGACCCUAGAUAUUGUCACCCCUCAAGUCCGUUACGACUCACCGUUGCCCGUUGUUGUAUUGAUCGGGACCAACUCUCUUGCAGGCGGUAUAAGUCCUGCGCAACCCUCAGCUUUAUAUGCACGCACAAAAGAAGUAGUGUUUGUACGGCCUAAUUUCAGACUUGGGGCAUUUGGUUUCUUAGCACUCGACAUUUUAUCAAAUUCAAAGUACCCGGCCGCAUCGGGAAAUUAUGGUCUGAGUGAUUUACUAGUUGCAUUACAAUGGGUACAAUAUAACAUAAAACAUUUUGGUGGAGAUGCGGAGUCUGUCACUUUGCUCGGACAUAGAGCUGGAGCAACUCUGACAGCCGCUUUGACUACUGCUACGAAAGCUCAGAAGCUUUAUUCUAGAGUUUGGCUUUCCUCCGCCUCUGUCAUAUUUCCCGGUGAACCUUUACAAAUAUCGCAGAGUAAUAAUGAACAGUUUAAGCAAAUUAGUAAAUGCAGCGAUGCUGACUGUUUACGGCGCAUUACCGCUAUGGAAAUUCUUUCUGCAACUCCUGACACCUGGCUAGGUAAUAAUAUCGAUUCUUUACCAUCAGCUGACGAAUUCAAGCGUUCUUGGUUAGUACUGGACGGAGACCAUCUGAGGGUACAUGCUUAUGAAAGUUGGGAUGCGCAAAAGGAAGCGAAAGAGAAAGGCAAGGAAAAAGUUUUCAAGCCUAUGGUAUUCGGCACGACCAUGCACUCUAGUCACACGGAUUUGCUUAAAAUGUUGCACAUAAACUGGACUGCAGAUAUCGUGGAGAAAAUGGUCAAUGAAAGUUACAUUGGCGAAAAGAAUUUGACAUCGUCGGUGUUUACAUAUUUUAAUAAAACAUAUGAGGGCUUAGUCGAGUUGAUUUCGUCUAUUCGUACCUUGUGUCCCUUAGUAAGCCUUGCUCGUUUACGUCUAGAUGUGCCUAUGUACGUGGUUAACGGCUCAGGUGCGGGUGGCGGUGUUAUGGGCUCCGGUAUGGCAGAUAUUAAUUCCGACAUUGAAGCCAUUCUCGGCACAUUUGAAUCUGCAAUGCCUGAACAGCGACGGUAUAUGGCGGCUAUGCAACAAUUCUUUUAUUAUUACGUAUGGAACGGUCGGCUACCUGGCCCGGAAACUGGCUUGAUAGACGUUGGUCAAGACUUACUCCCGCUUCAUGGUUUACCAGCAUGUGAUCUCCUUAUACGAGAAGACGUUGUACCCAGAUACGCCCACGUCGAUUAA